AUGGACCGCAGCUUAAAUUGUUGGAGUAUACCCUUCUGGGGACCGCCACAGUUACCACCGGGAAUCAUUUACGAAGAUUUACACCUCGUCCCAGCAUUUGCCAAAGCCCAUGGCUUGACGAUGGGAAUUGCCUUCACGAUUGUUUUCCCACUUGGUGCUAUUCUCCUCAGAGUGAUUCGAUCGAAAUUCGGCGUGCGCGCUCACAUCGUGUCUCAGUUACUGGGGUACGCUUUGAUGAUCGCUGGGCUAGCCACUGGUAUUCGUGUUGGAAGGAUACUUGACCGACUACAUAAUAACGGUCAUACGAUACUAGGUACCGUUGUCGUCGUUUUUCUCCUCAUUCAGCCGUUCAUUGGAUUCUGGCACCAUUACCAAUUCAAGAAAACCCAGUCCGCCGGCAUAUGGACUCACGUUCAUAUUUGGGUUGGGCGACUCUUUCUCUUGCUGGGAAUCAUCAACGGCGGUACUGGCCUGAAGCUAGCAGACAACACGACAGGCGGGAUCAUCGCUUAUGCCGUAGUUGGGGGCUUGUUCGGCUUGGCCUAUAUUGCAAUUGCGGGUCUGCGCCAGGGCAAAGUGAUUUUGAAAGAGAAGGAAGCGAUGCCAGAGAUGGGCCAGACUUAG